UGCACAAUGAUUGAGCUAGUGAGUGGAUGUGUAUGUGUGUGUGUCUCGCGUAGAUUACAAAGAGAGGAAUCUCUACGGAGAGUGCGCGCGCGGCGCAACGCGACAUGAUGUAGCGAAACGAACCACCGUAAACAGGCGGGAGAGAGUCCAGUUUCACAGGACCGAGCGGACUGAACUAUGUCCAUCGCCGACAGAACUUUACCUGAACUCGAGAGGAACGCUAUUUUUACACUGCGACAUGUGAGAAGAAUAUCAUCUCAGAAUACACAACACGUCAAACCUUGAGGCAGAUGGGCUACAACAGCAGAAGACCACAUCAGGCACUUUAUUGGGACCGUAGUGUUCCUAAUAAAGUGCUCAGUGAGUGUCCAAAGUCCAACACUAUCAGGUGGAUCGGAGCAGCGAUGUGAACACACUCGGCGUGCCAGUGGUCAUGCGUAGAGGUGGCUCGGAGACAUGUUUAGACCUGGACGCGACAGAACUGGUUGGACGAGACACCCCGCGAUCACGUUCCGGCCUGAACAGCCUGCAGCAGAAAGUUCUCAAAGUGAAAGAGCAGCUGCGAAUCGAGCAAAAUUCGCAGGAUGAGAAUGUGGCCGAGUAUCUCAAACUCAUUAACAGUGCCGACAAGCAGCAAAGCAGCCGCAUUAAACAAGUGUUCGAGAAAAAGAACCAGAAAGCGGUGCACAAUAUUGCUCAACUACAGAAGAAGCUGGAGCAGUAUCAGCGCAAGAUGAAGGAGUAUGACAUCUCGAAUGGGACCAAACAUAUGCCACCACACUCCAAAGACAACAACGGGUUUCCAAAAGACAACCUCAAGGAGAGCAUGGUCACAGGUAGUGGACGGCACCCACAUUUGGACAAGGUCAAAACAAUUGGCCCGGGAGUCUCGCUGUCACCACCUUUCUUCUUCAGCAAGUCCCGAGAGAUUGCGAACCUCAUUCGCAACAAGUUCGGCAGUGCAGACAAUAUUGCACACCUGAAGAGCUCUAUGGAGACGGGAAGCGGGCUGCAGGUGGAAGGAGGAAGUCGAGCUUUGAGUGGUAGUGCUACGUUAACCUCUAAACUCAAAUAUCCCAGCGAUGACGAGUGCUCCUCGGAGACGUCAGUAUCAGUGGAGAGCAAUGGUCAUGUGAGUGGAUCAGGUGCGACGGGGCAGCACAGUGGAUCUGGGAAGGAAGGUGGACAUUACGACAGCAGCAGCCGGAUGGCGGAGGCCUGGGAGGAGGUCAGGGAGUUGAGGGAUGCUCAGAAUCUAGUGGCUGAAGACAUCGAGAGCCUGAAGACCCAGUUUAAAUGUGAAUUUGAGCAUGUUACACAAACACUACAGGAGGAGCGCUACAGAUGUGAGCGAUUGGAAGACCAGCUAAACGACCUCACAGAGCUCCAUCAGAACGAGACCGCAAACCUCAAACAAGAGCUAGCUAGCAUUGAGGAGAAGAUGGCCUAUCAAGCCUAUGAACGAGCCAGAGAUAUACAGGAUGCGUUGGAGGUUUGUCAGACGCGAGUGAGCAAGUUAGAGUUGCAGCAACAGCAGCAGCAGGUCUUGCAGUUGGAAAGUGCAGACGCCAAAGUGCUGCUGGGAAAAUGUAUCAACAUCAUGCUGGCCAUAGUCACAGUGAUAUUGGUGUGCGUCUCUACGGCUGCUAAGUUCUCAGCGCCGCUACUACGGAGUCGUCUUCACAUGUUUGGGACUUUUGUAUGUGUGUGUCUACUGGCAUUUGGCUGGAGCAACUGGGAGCAUUUGCAGUAUGCCGUAGAACGAAUGAUGCUGCCCAGAUGAGGGUCAGCGCCAUUCUCAUCGUAUUAAGUGCACCUUCAUGGACUUCCCCUUUUGCAUUGUGACUGUCCCAGGACAGUGGCUUUAAUAAACAUUUUGUCUUUGUGUGUGUGUGUGUGUGUGUGUGUGUGUGUGUGUGUGUGUGUGUGUGUGUGUGUGUGUGUGUGUGUGUGUGUGUGUGUAUUUGAGAGAGUAUUCAUGAUAUACUGUAGCAGAAACGGGUCCAACUCUAUGACUGUAUUGUGUUCGAUUGUGUAUCGAUCAACAUGUUUCUAUUUGUUUGUUGUGUCUUUAAAAAAAAAAGGUUCACACUUUUUACAAUUCUGUUUUAUGUACCACUCUUAGUAGGACUUGAUAAGGGGCAACAGACUGUUUAGGUAAUUCUUACAAAAACAUGUGUGGGUCAUAUUUCUCUCCAAAAUACAUGGACAAUUUUUAUGUUAUAUUUUGUAUAAUAAAAUGGUGCUUUUUUUUUUGGGUCCAUUUCACUUUUGUUUUUUCCUUUUCUUUUUUCUGCAUUAUGGUAAAUAUUUUUUCCCCCCAUUACAGUAAUGAGAAUUUAAGAGGGACAUUUGCUAAACUGUCAGAAAAAUAAUGUCAGAAAACAAAAGUCCUAAUGAUAGGCUUUAUUUUCUAGCCAAAUCUAGCCCCUUUUAAAAUUUUUGGGGCAAAAUAUGACCUAUACAUGACUUUCAAAAGCUUCAAGAUUCAUCAGUUUACUAAGAUAAAAUAUGCUAGCAUUUUUCUGUACAAUUGAUAAGGCUUGAAGUUCUUUUCACCGGCCCUUGCAUGACGCCCAUGUUUAAACAUUUUUAUUCUGCAGUUUGUGCAUUGGUGCCCAGUACUGAGCACAAAAACAAAAAAUAAAUAAAUAAAUUGUGUUGAUUUUAUAAUAGAAAUGCAUUGGUGGUUCAAGAAACUAGAACAUGAGAAGGAAGCAGACGUCUCUGUCACGUAUAUGUAACACGUUUUAAACUGUUCUUAAUGGAAGUUAGAAUAACAUUAUGCAUUUUAUGCAUUUUAAUUUGCUUUGUUUAAUCUAUGCUUUAAUGAAUCCCACAAUGCAAAGUGAUGUAGGCAUUUUUACACACUCCUUUUGAGUGUAUUUGACCUGUGGUUUUGACUGAAGUUUUUAUAAACCACAAAAUCUGAGUUUACACAUGAAUCUAAACUAAGAUUUGGUUAAUAAAUAUGUAAAGAUUUUAAGAUGCCAUUUUAUGCCCAUUUUAGAACUGAAAGGGAGAGGGGAGAUAAAGAUAGCUGUUAUCUUGGCAGUUCCCCCUGCAAGAUAAUUGUGUGUGUGUGUGUGUGUGUGUGUGAAUAAUGUCUUAAUAUCUUUAUCUAACAGCAGAAUGAGUUUUCCUGAUGUAGAGCCUCUGUUAACUUGUUCUCUGCUCUGAACAUGAGGGCAAAUUGUUUUAUUUGUUUUAUACAUGCUCCAGUGUUUUCUUGUAAGACUGUAUAAAAUAUUCUCUAAACUGAAAAAUAAAUGGCCUCAUUUUUUUCCA